CUGCUCCGCUCUGCUCCUGUGAAAACUCCCUCUGAGUGUGUGCCUGUUUGAACUCCUUGUGUGUGUGUUAAGAAGAGUUUUAUGUGUGUGCACAGCGCUCUGUGUUUUUUUUAAGAGGAGCUGAAGUGCAGCCGUUCAUCAGUGGAGUUGACGGCAGUCAGGGGAAUACUCAGAUCACCCAGCCCUGCUUUUUAACUUACUGCUGUUUGCAGGACCUUUAUUUUAAAAACUCACUGGACUUUAAUUUUUCAACCAAACCUGGACUGCUCUGCGACUCUCUUUUUCUUGCAUCUUGAUCUGUCACUGGAAUUUUCUAUAUUAAUUUUUCCAGAAACUCUCACAGGAUUGUUCAAUUUUGUUUUAUUCUUUACCCGAGUUACUGGGUUGCCAGUUCCUGCAAUUUAGAUCAUUUUGACUCUGUGAUUCUUCCACAUUUUAUUGACUUAAGUCAUGUCAAACAUUUAAUGGAAAAGCAGAAGUACAUGAGCCAUAAGUUUUCUAAUAACUGUUAUACAGAAGAUUUGUCAGGAAAAUGGAAUCUAUCAGUUCUUUGAGAGUCAUGAUGCACUCAGGUGGAUGCUGAUGCUGACUUGGAAUGUUCUGAACCUUUGCAGAGUUUGUUUCUGUGGAAUUGGAUGGAAAGGUCCCUGUGCCCAGCCGGAAUGUUUUUGUCCUGUCUUGGAUGUGAGAGGUGAUCUGAGUUGUCCUUCAUAAGAGCACCAGUGGAUAUAUCAGGAAAAGAAGGAAGAGGUUUGGAAGCUGCAAACAAGAAGCAAAACUGGUUCUUUUCGAACUCAGAACUACACAGUUUUUUUUUUUUUUUUUUAGUAAAAAAGAACUGGAUGAAAACCAGAUAAAUAAAUCGUCCUUCAGUGCAAAUAUUGAGCACUCAAACCACUAAAACCAAAUUUAAAGAGGUUGGUUUAAAGGGUUUGAAAAUGAUGACCAUGAUGAUGAUGAUGGUGGUCACCUGCAGUUCUCUGUUGCUCCUCGGGAUGGCUGCUGCAUACUCUUCCUCCAGCUCUGUGACCCGUGCUUCAUCUUCCUCGUCCUCAUCCCCCUCUUCCUCCUCCACCUCACCACGCAUGAAACUUUCAUACAAAGAGUUGCAACAGUACCACGGGGUGCGACGAUUUGAACUGGAGCGUUCCUGCUGUUUCAGCGCCAUGCUGCUGGAUGAAGAGAGGGGCCGGCUUUUUGUGGGGGCCAAGAAUUUUUUGCUGUCACUCUCAUUGGACAAUAUUGCCAAACAAGAGCACAAGAUUUACUGGCCUGCUCCUGUUGACUGGAGAGAGGAGUGUAACUGGGCCGGCAAGGACAUUACUUCUGACUGUGUCAACUAUGUGAAGAUUGUGCACCACUAUAACCGUACGCAUCUGUAUGCCUGUGGAACCGGGGCCUUCCAUCCUACCUGUGCUUUUGUAGAGGUGGGACACAGGAUGGAGGACCAUGUGUUUAAGAUUGACCCCUCUAAGGUGGAGGACGGUAAAGGAAAGAGUCCAUAUGAUCCUCGACAUACCGCCGCCUCUGUGCUGAUCGGGGAUGAGCUAUAUGCAGGUGUAGCCACAGACUUAAUGGGACGAGACUUCACCAUCUUCAGGAGUCUGGGGAAACGUCCCUCCAUUCGCACCGAACAACAUGACUCACGCUGGCUCAGUGAACCAAAGUUUGUCGGCUCCUUUUGGGUCCCUGAGAGUGAAAAUCCAGAUGAUGAUAAGAUCUUUUUCUUCUUCCGGGAGACAGCGGUAGAAGCUCAGGGUUUGGGGAAGUCUACUUACUCCAGAAUCGGACAGUUAUGCAGGAAUGACAUGGGUGGACAGAGAAGUCUGGUGAACAAGUGGACAACAUUCCUGAAGACCCGUCUGAUUUGCUCGGUACCAGGAGCUGAUGGCAGUGACACGUACUUCGAUGAGCUGCGGGACGUGUUCUUGCUGCAGACAAGGGACAGAAAGAACCCUCUGGUGUACACCGUCUUCUCUACUUCCAGCAGCAGUGUAUUUAAAGGCUCAGCUGUGUGUCUUUACUCUAUGAAUGACAUCCGGAGGGCCUUCCUGGGGCCAUUUGCACACAAAGAGGGGCCUAACUACCAAUGGGUCCCGUUCCAGGGAAAAGUACCCUAUCCUCGCCCAGGAAUGUGUCCCAGUAAGACAUUUGGGAGCUUUGAGUCCACGAAGGGUUUCCCGGAUGAUGUGAUCCAGUUUGCCCGUCACCACCCUCUGAUGUACAACCCCGUGUACCCAAUGAGUCGACGACCUGUUUUUGUUAGAACCAAUGUAGACUACAGCUUCACACAGAUUGUGGUGGACAGAGUCAACGCUGCUGAUGGACAGUAUGAUGUAAUGUUCAUCGGAACAGACAAAGGAACAGUAUUAAAGGUGAUCAGUGUUCCCAAGGAGAGCUGGAACAACAUGGAAGAACUUUUACUGGAAGAGCUGGAGGUCUUCAAAGAUGCCUCAUCUGUCAUCAACAUGCAGAUCUCCUCCAAAAGGCAACAGCUGUAUGUCGGCUCGGACACAGGAAUUGCCCAAGUCCCUCUUCACCGCUGCAGCGUUUAUGGGAAGGCCUGUGCUGAGUGCUGCCUGGCCCGAGACCCGUACUGCGCUUGGGACGGAACUUCUUGUACUCGCUAUCUGCCAAAUACAAAGAGACGUUUCCGUCGACAGGAUGUGAGGAAUGGAGACCCUAACACCCUUUGCUCAGGAGACCACCACAAGCACCAUGUUGCAGAGAAGACCCUGUAUGGAGUUGAGGGAAGCAGCACUUUUUUGGAGUGCAUUCCCAAAUCCCUUCAGGCCAAAGUCACCUGGACCUACCAGAAACAUCCACAGAACCCCCGAGAAGAGGUACGUCUUGAUGAGCGCAUCCUCCAUACAGAAAGAGGCCUCCUAAUUCGCCGGGUCCUAAAGAGGGACGCUGGAGUCUACCAGUGCCAUGCUAUGGAGCACGGAUUCACACAGACAUUACUGGGCAUCACUCUAGAAGUAGUACCAUCAACAUCUUCUGUCUCCAAACUACACUCUGACGCUCCUGUACGGUUAGAUCCUCGCAGCGCAGGUGGUUCCUCACUGACCAAUCAAAAGUUUUGGUACCGGGAUUUCAUGCAGCUGGUGGACCACCCUAACCUCAGCACUGUCGACCAAAUCUGUGAGCAAGUUUGGGCACGAAAGCAUGCCAGUGCUGACCAGGGUGCAAAGACUUUUCCUUCUCCAAGGAAGGAGAUCCUGCCUUCGGGUCCUGCUGUUCGGCCAUCCAGUAAGAAGUGGAAGCAUUUCCAGGAGAUAAGAAAGGGGAGAAACCGCAGGACCCAUGAUGGGAAACGAAGCCCUCGGGCACCGCGUAGUGCAGGGGACUAAUGACGAAAAGAGACCGAUAAAAGCGUGAAGGAGGAGAAUAAAAAAUAGUAACUCAGACACCAGAUACUCAUGGAGGUGUUCACUCAUGCAAAUACACACCUAAAGACAUGCACACACACGCACACACAACACCUCCUGUAUUGUGUUUAUUUAUCUAUGGAUGCCACCACUAUAUGGUACACCAUUCCCAUGAUUCCUCCUCCUCGUGACCAGCUCCCUGCAUGUGCUGCCUUACUGCCCAUACUGAUUCUGCACGAUCCCUUUACACUGCUUCACUAGGAUAGUCAAUUGUACUAGAAAAUACUCGAAUGGAAACACAGCGUUAUGAGGCAAUAAACUGACACAAGUCUAAAGCUUUUCCUACAAGCCAUCUAAACCACUUUAAUGGUUUGUGGAUCAUUGCUCUCUGGACAACACCACUCAUUAACAGUCCCAAAGGUUUGGAUAAACUCUCCUCAAGGUAUAAUAUUUCCUUAAGUGACUUAAAUGUGGACAGAAGGAUAACGGUGACAACUGGAACACGAUGCAAAAGUGUAGUCUUCAACUGAGAAACAAUAAAUGUGUUUAAAUGUGCAUGCAUGUUUCAUUAACACUUGUAGCAACCUGAGUAUUCGAUGAACAUCUGUGGCCCCCUAUACAGGAUCGUUACUCGUCCUUGGUGUAAAUCACACAAUGGACCCAUAAAGAUAUGCCAGCACCUGUAGAGCACAUCAUUUGUUGUGAAAGUGUUGUUGGGUUUGGUUGGUUUUUAUUUUUUUGGAGCUGCUUUCAUUGGCACAUUGAAGUGCGUCGGCAUAUUCGACUGACUCAAACAAGUGAUGCACUUCUCAGGUUUUUCUGGUUGAUUACUGAUUUGUAAAGCUUUGACCUGCAAGAAUUUUUGCCAAUGCCUAUUUUUGUUCAAAGUUGUGUUUUUAUUACAAAACCAAGAACAAUUUACCCAGAACCUAUUAUUUGAAAACAUAUUUUUACUACAAUCUUCAUUUCAGCUUUAUUUACGAAAUUCUACAAUUGAACGUAAAGGGUAUCAGUGAAGGUUUUUCUCAGUGGCUGUGGGCGAUACCUGUUUCCAAAUGAGAAUUAAAAGCUCGAUUUUUAGCAAUACAAAUUUAACAAGUUGGUCAGUCACAGGGGCAACAUUUUAUAACCUUUAUGCAGGCAAUAUAAAGUACAUCACAAGGCAUAGAUGUUUUACAUGUUAAAAUGAUAUGCAGAAAAUAAAUACAGCCAGCUGUCAUUACCACCUGGUGUUUUUCGCAAACCCAAGAGUCUAGGCAUUUUUAUUUUUUAUCCACAAAUAUUUAAUGAAAAAUAGCAGAGACCUGCCCAUCAGAGACCAGACAUGUCCUGAAGAUAGGAAUCCAUGGUAGUUAUAGUUAACUUUAUCUGUUCCACUGAGAAUUAAUAGUAAAAAAAAAGAAAAAUACUACCUGAAAUGGAUUUCCACCCCCCC